UCAAAAAAAAAAACCAGGAUAGUUUAUGAAACAACAACACCCAAACCCACAGCAAAAGGACUUGAUCUGCCGAGAAUGGAGAGAAGCGUUAACCUUAAUGACCUGCCAACCGAGGACCUGUAUCACAAAACUCUGAGCGCCUCAGCCAAGCGGCUGGACGGUACUUUCCGACCGCCUGACGGUAUCGAUCUGUCGUUGCGAGAUCCCCAGUCGCCGAUCGCCUGCUUCGAUCAGACGGAUUCCGAUUCUGCCCAUCACCAGGCGACAGGGGAAGGCGGGGGAGGAGGAGGAGGAGGAGGAGGGGGUGACAGAGGAGGGCUGCAAGCGGGCACCGUCUGCGGGAAAUACGGGGGCAAUCAUGUGGUCGUGACCUCCUGCCGGGAGAGCAGCGGCGGAGAGCAGAGCCUGGACGAUGACAGCGACGAGCGGUGCGACAUGAUGCUCAUGCACCCGGAGAGGGCGUCGGAGCGGGCGGAGAGGGGCGCGCUGGCCCUGGCCGGGCUGAGCAAGAUCGACAUCCCGGGGGGCAAGAAGAACAAGGAGCAGCGAGCCCUGAGGCUGAGCAUCAACGCCCGGGAGAGGAGGAGGAUGCACGAUUUAAACGACGCGCUGGACGAGCUGAGGGCGGUGAUCCCCUACGCGCACAGCCCCUCGGUGAGGAAGCUCUCCAAGAUCGCCACGCUGCUGCUCGCCAAGAACUACAUCCUGAUGCAGGCGCAGGCGCUGGAGGAGAUGAGGAGGCUGGUGUCGUAUCUGAACCAAGGCCAGGCCAUGCCGGCGUCGCUGCCGCCCUCCGCAGCCCUCACCCCGGCCAUGGGGGGCUACGAUCAAGCGGCGGCGGCGGCGGCGGCGGCGGCUACCGGGGGGGGCUAUCAGUUCACCGCCGGGGCACUGGCCGCCGCGGCCGCCGCGAGCUGUCCGGAGAAGUGCGCGGCCGCCGCAGCCGCCGCUCUUUACAACAACGUGUCGUCCAGUCUGUGCAAACAGUGCAGUGACAAGCCUUAA